ACCAGGUCCAUUUUCUCUCUGUAUUAAUGGUCAGGAAAAACGCACCGUCACGUACCCCUUUGACCCUUCACAUGCCAGAUACUCGUGUAAGAGGGAUCUCGUGGACGGUGUUGACCAUUUCAACAUGACGGGCAAGGUCAACCUCGACGACAUUUCCACCAAGAGCACCGUCUUUGUUAGCUUUGGAGUGGCAUUAUGGAACGAAAGCAGAACAUUUACUGUAAGAGCCCAUAUAAUGUUUGCAACAUUGUUGUGAAUAUAGGAACCUUUAUACUUCUGUGGUAACAUAAUUGUGCUAUACCAUCUGUAACUUUGUAACACCAUUGUUACUGCAAGACAAUCCACAAUUUUGUUCGACAAUAAAUUACCGUAAGGCCGUUUGUAGAGCUGUUACAGCAUAAUGACUAUAAGACCCUCCUUGAUGUUGUAACAGCAUAGUUUAUGAGAGACCGCCUAAAGUGUUGUUACAGUAUAUUUACAUUUUGACCCUAUGUAGUACUAUAACAACGUAGUUAAAUCAACCCCAUGUGUAGUGUUGUAACAAAAAAAUUAGUUAAAGAACCUCUCUCGAAUUUCGAACAACCAAGUUGACUUAAGAGCAAAGAUAUUGCCGUUUGAUAGCAUUUAUGGCGAUACUCCUUUAAUUUUGCGUUCUGCCGUCAUCCUAUCUCAGGAUGAAGCACCAAACAAUGAGCUUUAAAUUGUAGAGGAUCGUAUUAAAGUCGUCGCGGUUAUUCUCCAAAAAAAGAACAUUGUUCGGGAAACAAUACUUGUACAGAAGGUGAUCGCAAGGCAGUGUGUCCCCCCUGACGAGGAGCUGCACUAAGUAAAUCGCUUUAAGGCAGCCUCUGGAAAAUGCAACACCGGCCUGAUAUGAAAAUUCCACACAUGCCCGAUAUAGAAAAGCAUUACAUAACUAUAACACGCGCAGAGUACCGGCUUCUGAGGAAAAAAAGGAUGAAAUCUAUAUGAAUAUGGGAAAAUAUAUGUCAGGUCAGAAGGUGUAUGAGCAAAAGAAAUGAUGAACAUUGAUCAGCAGGCGUUGGGGUUCAAUGCUCCAAAACACAUACAGCUCUCAAACGGGUUGCACUGAAAUAUAUUUACAUUUCGAGGACUCUCGACGCAGAAUUUACGAAAACUGACGAUCCUUGCCCACAAAAAAGCACACCCAUGAACUACAACACAUAAGAUGGAUGUCGCUUAAAAGUUUUAGAGGUGUUCCAACCAUUUGUGCCAAUGUAACAAUAUAAUUUAAACUUUAAUAAUAGUUUUACAUAAUACAUAAGUAAGCGUUUCGGCACAUGCCUUCAUCAGUACAAUAACAAAACAUUUAAAUAAGUAUAAAUUAAAUUUACAUAAUAUAUAUAUAUAUACAUAUAUAUAUAUAUAUAUAUAUAUAUAUAUAUAUAUAUAUAUAUAUAUUUAUAUAUAUAUAUAUAUAUAUGUAAGGCAUCUUUCCGUCUGCGGGAGACGAUAGAUUAUCUUUAUUGCUUGCAGCUCUUGGUGUGGCUGGUGAGACCAAUCCUCGAAUGACAGUCUCUGUUACAUUUCCCACACACGAAUGUGGGGGAGCAGUAUUUACCGGCCUUCCUCCUCGCUCUUUUUGCAGCUGUUUCCGCCCUGUUUUGCUCCUCGGCACGUAGUGAUCCUGCCUUCACGAUGCCCCGCCAUGAGAGUCAAUCCUCUGCCAACUCCUCCCAGUUUAAGAUGUCGAUGUUAGAGGACUUCAUGUCUCUUUUGCAUAUGUCUAAGUAUCUCAGACGAGGCCGUCCAACUGACCUUUUCCCUGUCGCCAGCUCGCUGUAUAGCACGUCCUUUGGUAUGCGACCAGGUUGCAUCCGCUUGACGUGUCCAGGCCAGCGGAGGCGUCUUUGGAUUAACAUGGCUGGGACGCUACACAUGUUUGUUUGGGAAAGGACAUCCGUGUUAGAGACUUUGUCUUGCCAUUUAAUGUCAAGAAUGUGGCGCAGGCAUCUGAGGUGGAAGCCAUUGAGCCUUCUUUCGUGUUUAAAAUACGUGGUCCACGACUCGGAUCCAUACAGAAGUGUGCUCAGUACGCAGGCCUGGUACACCUGCAGCUUAGUUCUUGUUGUUAGUUUGGCGUUUGACCUGACUCUUUUCUUCAGUCUGGCCAUAAUAGUUGCGGUCUUCCCUAUCCUCCCACUUAUCUCAUCCUCCAUUGAGAUGGUGCUCGAUAUGUUUGAUCCCGAUAUGUGAAUCUGUCAACAGUAUCCAAGUCGAUGGCGAUAGUGGGGAGGGCGUCAGUGCCCUGUGCCAUAAUGUUAGUUUUCUUUAGGCUAAUUGUCAAGCCAAACUCUUUGCAGGCAGCGCAUAGGCUGAAUACGAGGCUCUGCAGGCCGUCUGCUGUGUGAGAUUCCAAAGCGGCAUCGUCCGCAAACAAGAACUCUCGCAGCAAGACCUUUCUUGUUUUAGUCUUAGCUCUAAGGCGGGCAAUGUUGAAUAAUUUUCCGUCAUCUCUAGUGUGGAUGUAUAUCCCCUCGCUGUUGUUCUGAAAGGCAUACUGGAGUAGGAUGGAGAAAAAGAUUGCAAAUAAAGUAGGAGCCAGCACGCAACCUUGCUUAACUCCACUACUCACUGGAAAAGCUUCUGAGGCGGGACAGUUAUAGCACACUGUGCCCUGCAUGUUUUCGUGGAACUGCUUGAUGAUGUUAAGCAGUCGCGUAGGGCAGCCUAUCUUUUUGAGGAUCUGAAACAGGCCGCUUCUGCUGAUAAGAUCAAAAGCCUUAGUGAGGUCGACAAACGCAAUGUAUUAAGGCAUAUGUUGCUCCCUGCAUAUCUCCUGCAGCUGGCGCAGAGAGAAGAUCAUGUCUAUGGUUGACCUAUUGGCGCGAAAACCACAUUGCGAUUCUGGGAGUACACGCGAUGCUAGGGUCUGUAGACGUGUUAAUGCAACUCGGACGAAAGCCUUUCCAACUAUGCUGAGGAGGGAGAUUCCACGAUAGUUGUUGCAGUCACUCUUGUCUCCUUUAUUUGUGUACAAUUUAACGAUGUUUGCAUCUUUCAACUCUUGUGGUAGCUGUCCCUGUUCCCAGCACAGAGUAAGGAGAUCGUGCAAGGGCCGUAAUAGUACUCCUUUUCCACAUUUGAGAGCUUCUGGUGGGAUACCAUCAUACCCCGGGGCUUUCCCACUGGCGAGACAAUCGAUGGCUCUACGUUGUUCUUCUAUUGUGGGUAGGGUAUCAAGCUCCUCCAUGACCGGCAAGUCUAUAUACAUAUAUAUACAUAUAUCCUACCUAAAUAAUAAUUUAAAAAAAUAGGAGUGGGCGCAAAAGCCAAACCAAAACAGAUUAAAGGAGAGUGGAAAGGAACAAAAUAGUAAAAACCAAACAGGAAAGAGACAUGGCAGCUAGGUAAAAUUGUUGAUUUGGCUCAUCACAUAUGGAGACAGCGUACCAAAUCUUGUUAUUAAUUUAUUCUCCAUGUAGAUUCUAUCACUUGUGUCAAUAGUAUAUAGGAUACCAGUAACAUGCAAAGUCUGAGAUACCAUUCUGGUUAGGGCUAUUAAUACUUAUUUAAAUGGUUUGUUAUUGUAAUGUGCCGAAGGCAUGUGCCGAAACGUUCACUUAUUUAUUAUGUAUAAAUAUUAUUAAAGCUUAAAUUAUAUUGUUACAUGGACACAAAUUGUUGGUGUCUAAUUAAUUUAUUUUAAAGCUUUAUCACAGUCCAACACUUUUUAUAAUUAAUGAAAACAAAUUUGUCUCCCUUCAAAAUUAGGAUUUUCGCUGUCAUCAUUUGAUAGCAUUGUGAAAAAAAAAAUUCAUGGUAUUCUAAAAAAAACAUGUGAUUCUUUGUCAAUCCGAGAUUUAACCUUAAUUUAAAAAAUAUGUACCGCAAUAGUCAAUAUUGAUUUCUUAUAUUUUCUCAUUCAAAUGGUCCCGUCAAGUUUUUGGGCACAGCGAUCAACCUCUAUUAUAGGGAUUGUCUGCCCCUGAAACGAAACGCCAUUAACUCGUGUGGAUGUCUGAGCGUCGAACAGGAUGGAUUUCUGGUGGUGUGUACAUUGGUG